AGAGUCGAGAGACGGCCUUGGAGGACAUCUGAGGGUAAGGGAGAAGUGUGCAGCAGGACAGGCGGGAGACACAGCUCCGAGGCGUAGAGCCCUGGGACCCGAUGCGACCCUUGCUGUGCAGAGCGCGGGUGAUGUGAGCAGAGCCCAGGAAUGCCUUAUGUGGAUCGGCAGAACCGAAUCUGUGGGUUUCUGGAUAUUGAAGACAAUGAGAACAGUGGCAAGUUCCUACGAAGAUACUUUAUCCUGGAUACCCAGGCCAACUGCCUCCUCUGGUACAUGGACAACCCCCAGAACCUGGCAGUUGGGGCAGGAGCUGUCGGAUCUCUGCAGCUGACUUACAUCUCCAAGGUGAGCAUAGCUACCCCAAAGCAGAAGCCUAAAACUCCAUUCUGCUUCGUUAUCAAUGCUCUGUCUCAGAGAUAUUUUCUUCAAGCCAAUGACCAGAAAGAUCUGAAGGACUGGGUUGAAGCCUUGAACCAAGCCAGCAAGAUCACUGUACCCAAGGCUGGGACGGUACCUGUGGCCACAGAAGUUCUCAAAAACCUGACAGCUCCUCCCACCCUAGAGAAGAAACCGCAGGUGGCCUACAAGACUGAGAUCAUCGGGGGAGUGGUGGUGCAGACACCCAUCAGCCAGAAUGGUGGGGAUGGGCAGGAAGGGAGCGAGCCAGGGACUCACGCCUUCCUGCGAAGGUCUCAGAGCUACGUCCCCACGUCAGGCUGCCGUCCUCCCACCGGGCCUUCUCUUAUUAAGAGUGGCUACUGUGUGAAGCAAGGGAACGUGCGGAAGAGUUGGAAACGGCGCUUCUUUGCCCUCGAUGACUUUACUAUCUGCUACUUCAAGUGCGAGCAGGACAGAGAGCCUCUGCGCACCAUACCACUCAAGGAUGUUCUCAAGACUCACGAGUGUCUGGUCAAGUCCGGUGAUCUCUUAAUGAGGGACAACCUGUUUGAAAUCAUAACCACUUCUAGGACGUUCUACGUACAGGCAGACAGCCCUGAAGACAUGCGCAGCUGGAUUGAGGGGAUCGGAGCAGCUGUCCAGGCCCUCAAGUGCCACCCCAGGGAACCAUCCUUUUCAAGAUCCAUUUCUUUGCCUCGACCUGGAAGUUCCGGCCUUACAAGUGGGCCUAACUCCAUCUUGUCAAGGAGGCGGCCACCAGCGGAAGAAAAAAGAGCUCUUUGUAAGGCCCCCUCCAUGGCCUCAUCCUGGCAACCUUGGACACCUGUCCCCCAGGCCAAGGAAAAGCUGUUGUCAGCCGAGAAUGCUCCAGAGGACUCUCUAUUUAUGCCCAACCCUGGGGAGAGCAAUGCUACAGGGGCAUUGGCAAGUUCGAGAGUCAGGCACAGGUCGGAGCCCCAGCACCCUAAGGAGAAGCCAUUUGUAUUCAACCUUGAUGAUGAAAACAUACGAACCUCUGAUGUGUGAUGGACAGUGCCGUCGAGUGCAGGAGAGCCGGGGGCUAUGAGUCACUGUCUCUGCCUCGGUAGAGGACAGAGGCCAAUGACACUCGCAGAAGAGAAGCCCAUCUAACUGGCGUUGUUUUUGCUAUUAUUGACACAGUUUAUUUAAUCGGAGAAAGUCACUAGGUUAGACCGGCAGGCAUACUCCAUUACUUCUUGAAUGCCCCCCAGGUUUCCUAGUUGAGGGUUAGUUCUCAGGCUUCCUGUCUAGAGGAGGCUAGAGUCCGA